AUGGCGCGUUCCCUGUGUGAGGAGUCUGGCGCAACAGAGAGAGAGCACUGGGAACCAGUCGGUGAAAUGGAGAAGAAACCAUUGCCCGUGCUCUGCGCAAUUGAUAUGACGCUCGAACCGGUCACCAAGGGUUGUAUGAUAUUGAGUUUCUCCCUUUUUCUUUUCCUAACCCGGGCGGAGGUUCCCUGGAGACGAAGAUGGAAGGCGGUGCUGGAAGCUGGCAAAAUGAUCGACCCAAAGGUUUCUCAGAUCAAGGAUUCAGAGGUGACAUGUCAACUGCAUAGGUGCCUAAGCGUCAAGACAUAUACGCCUUCCUUUUGGUGUGACGAUGCUCUGGCGUAG